CAGUCUUCCCCGGUACACAUUCUGAGGAGAAGGGCUGGACAUAUAUGUGGACAAAAAACUCUAAAUAUUCUAGAGGUGUCCGAUCAUUUAAAAAAUACAUUGGAUGAUAUAAUCACUGGGAAGGAGAGAUCCUGAAUUUCAAAUUUAAAGUUCUUGGCUGAGAGUUACCAUGUGUUGGCUGCGGAGUUUGUCCGCUGUGACUUUCUGUCUGCAGGUUUUGCUGACCACCGGUCAAGACUGGUGUCCACAUGAAAAUCCAUCUCUAACACUAUGGUCUGACACGAUCGGCACGUGGGGAGGUCAGGUGUUUGACCAGUAUUCGAAUGUGUCUGUGACAGGCAACGUGCUAUUGGACAUGGACAUAGAGGUAUUCAGUAUCACUGUAGAGAGUGGGGCCUCCCUGGUUUGGAGUCCCGCGGCCGAGCCCAGAGUCCGGGUACAUUAUAUACUCGUGUACGGCUCAUUGAUCAUAGGCUCCGAGGACUGCCCAUUCACUAACUACACACUUAUCUCGUUUGUGGGGUCCCCAGGGAUGUACUCCAUACCCGAUUUUGAUGAGAAGUUUCUGGGCGUGGCGGCCGGAGGGACAUUAGAGGUUCAUGGAGAGCCCAGAAUUGGCUGGACUAAACUGGACAAAACCGUUGAAAAAUGCGCACAUGGGGAUUGCCUCUUUUUUGAACAGAUAAAUGACCUGUCAAAGACAGAUAUCGUUAAGUUCCAGCCUGGCCUUGUUAUCACGGUACUUGAUCCGAACACAGGACUUCCGGAUAAGUACACUUUUAUCCGACUAGACUCAAACAAACAGAGUAAAGUCACAUCACAGGUCAACCUUCUAAAGACUUUCCUGAACAAUGUGCCAGAUGGAAAAAUAGUUGCAAUGGAGGCACAGCGAUACGUACCAAAUACUGACACAUCAUUGAUGGAAACAGCUGGAUUGUUCGACUUCCUAGAAGAGAUCGUGGAUUUAAGUGUCACAAACCAAAUGGCCAUUCGUAACAUAGAAAAAUAUGAUGCGUAUUCACUACUGUUUGUCAAAGGUAACAGUAGUUGUAAGCAGGAGACACUAAUCAAAACAGAUGCAGUUCCAAAGGCCUUAGAUGCUGUGAGUACCAUGACUGAAAACGGUAUCUUUUUCAAGGCCCACAGCCAUGUUGAUGGCACCGAUAUUAAACAAAGUUAUGUAAAUGUGAUAUCAGCAAGCAGCAACAGUUCGGAGUUUAUCAUCGACCUACUGGAUGAUGUUUCACUGUGGAGAGAAGGGGAUGUCGUGCUCAUCGCCUCUACUGAUUACGAUUGGACACAGGUGGAAUUGGCCGACGUAGUAGAUUGUCCGUCUUGUCUUCCAAACCAAAUCAAAGUGCAGAUGAUUCCUAAGUACACACACUAUGGGGAGGUUUACAUGAACACAGACAUGCGGGCAGAAGUAGCUCUCCUCUCCAGAAAUAUUGUCUUUGAAGGAACAGACAUUGAAGGCGGUGAUGAUGACACAUUUGGAGGUCACAUGAAGUUCCUGAAGGACUUUGAGAGUAUACACAUUGAGGGAGCUGAAUUCUUUGAUAUGGGUCAAAAGAAUUUCCUGGGUCGUUAUCCCAUAAAUUUCUAUAUGUGUGAGGAUGUGGACACAGGACCAAAUCCACCAUACAUCCGCUCCAAUUCAAUCCACGACACCUAUUUUCGCUGUAUAGCAAUCCGUGGCACAAGUGGCGUACUGGUUGAGGACAAUGUAUGUUAUGAUUGUUUUGGACACGGUUACUUCCUCGAGGAUGGCAGCGAAAAGAGGACAGUGUUCGAUGGUAAUCUCGGACUGGGCCAACGUUCAACAAACCUUAUUCCAACAGAUUCAAAUCCUGUCGCUUUUUUCAUCACGAAUCCACAGACAUAUCUCCGUAACAAUGUGGCUGCAGGAGGAUGGAGAGCUGGAUUCUGGUUUGUGUUUCCCAAAGAGCCUAUUGGAGAUUCAACAGGACUGGGCUUCAUGGCUCUUGACGAGGCAAAACACACUGCUAUUUACGAGUUCUAUAACAAUGUAGCGCAUUCGUAUAACCAAGCUGGUCUUCUCAUUGAUCUUUUACUAAAACCAGACGGGAAAACAUCUGGCAACAACUUCUAUGAACCUUUGAAGGACCCUUUGAAUCCAAGAUCCGCUGAUAAGGAGGUGAAAAUAGAGCGAUACACUGCUUAUAAAAACCGGUUAUGGAAUGCUUACAUUAGUGGCGGUUACAUCACAUUGGAAGAGUGCUCGUUUUCUGAUUCAUCCCAAAGUGUAUAUUUUGAAAGGGGAUCCUACCAAUGGAAGUCGGUAAUCAGAAGUGUGUUCCUCGGGGAGACACCAAACAGCGGGGAACCAUCCCCGGGCUACAAUCGGUCUCGCCCUCAAACUAGUGAUCUGGAAUCUAUUGUCCAAGGAUUUGUAUUAAAUGAAGGCCCCAUAAAACUUCUGGAGUCCUGGUUUGGUGAUUUUGACGAUAAUGCCAAUUACAAGUCGAUGGGAAUAGGUUUCCAGCCUAACGACGGUGGUGACAUAUCACCAAGGAGUAGCGUGGAGGAGGUUCUUUUUGGAUACGAUGACCCGACUAACCUGAGAGUGUUUGAUGGGAAUGCUACUACACCUGGAUUUACAGACACUGCCACUGACCUCGUGUCUGCCUUCGUUGACAAAGAUGGCACGCUGACCUCAAAGGCUGGGCAUACACUGGUCAAGCCCCUCCCGUUCCACCUCAGUGAAUCCUGCAUCAACAAUGACCGUUGGGGCCUUGCAGUCUGUCCACAAAGCUAUGGUCAGCUGUCUGUAAGUUAUUCAGGCAACGCUGUAGCCACGAUGACAAGAGACGAUGACCCAUCGCUGUCUCACACUUCCAGCAACUUGGCACGAUUCCUCGUCAUGAAAGGCUUUGUAACAAGCUACAUCCUCCAUUUUGAUACUGCGAUCCCAAACACCUUUACCAUCAAAGCUAAUGCAAUAGACAAGGUCGGUGGUGUGAGGAUUGGUGUUUGUAUACCAAGGAAUGCCAAAUUUCAACUGAAGAUAAACAAACCAAAGAAAGCUACGAAGCUCAAAAAGUGGACAAGCGUAUCAACACUACAGGAUGUAGAUGAUGACACCACUGGUGCCAAAUAUUUCCUUGACACCAGUGUAGGGAUUGUUUUCUUCAAACUGUUCCACUCGGCCACCUUGAAUGAGAAUAACGAGAAUGACUGUCCCAAGGGCGUUUGUACUACUGUUGUUGUCAAGAUCAAGUCAGGGGACAAAUCGGAAUCGGACUGCACCCAGCGGGCCUAUGCUGUUUACAACCGUACUGUAACCUUUCCACCAGCGGACAUCAAUACUUUCCCGGACUUCCCCACGGACAUGCCAACCCCACCUGAGGUAUGGGGAGCUGGUCCUACCAGGCAUGGGAUGUUUGACGACAUGACUGACUCCUUUGACUAAAGCUUAAGGAAGAGGCAGGACUGAGUUCCAACUGUCAUAUCACUCAAACUCAAAUAUUUAGCUCUGUACAUUUGUUAUAAAAUGUUUGCCUUCAG